AUGGACACGCUGCACGCAAAGGCCGAGUGGGAGCGUGUCGGCGAGCGCUGGUUCCGCAAGACGCAGCAGUACACGUCCGUCUUUGACGAGAGCCUGGACCUGGACACGUACAUUGUCGCCGGCGCCCCCUACGCAGGCGCACUUGCCCUCUGGCCGGACGAGAACAAGCUCCAGGCCCACCAGCCGGGCCAGCCGUCCAAGCCCUCGAUAGACAUUUACAGCCUCGCCGGCCAGAAGCUCCGCGGCAUCGCGUGGGACAAGGGCCCGAUCAAGGGGCUGGGCUGGUCCGAUGCCGAGACGCUGCUCGUCGUCGCCGCCGACGGUCAUGUGCGCUGCUACGACCUGCAGGGCGACUUUAGCCACUUUUCCCUCGGCCACGGCGCCGACAACUAUGGCGUGGAAUCCUGCCGGUUUGUCCUUCUCUCCUGGAUCAUGUGCAUAGUCGUGCGUGUUGUCGCUGACCGUGAAAACAGCUUCUACAACAGCGGUAUGGUGGCCCUGCUCGGCAACAACACCCUCGUCACCGUGGCUUCCUACACGGAGCCGCGCCCGAAGCUGCUCGCCACGCCGCCCGGCGGUGAUAUUAGCGCAUGGGCCAUUGUACCGCCGGCGUACACCCUGUCGCGCUCCGUCGAGGUCCUGCUGAGCAUUGAGAGCACCGUGUACAUUCUCGACGCCGCCGACUGCGAGGACCGCCUGCCCGAGUUUGGUUCGCUGAGCCACAUCAGCGUGUCGCCCGACGGCCGCUUCGUCACGCUGUAUGCCCGCGACGGCAAGGCACACGUUACGUCGAGCGACCUACAGGAUCUCGAGUUUGUGCACGAGUCCGAGUCCAAGACGCCGCCGCAAUAUGUGGAGUGGUGUGGCUCGGAUGCCAUCAUUGCCUGGGAGGACGAGGUCCAUAUUAUAGGACCAGAAGACCAGUCAGCUUCAUAUAUAUACGACACCACACGGGUGCAUGUCAUCUCUGAGCCUGAUGGCGCCCGUCUAAUAACGAAUGACUUUUGUGAGUUUCUUGAAAGAGUACCGGAUGUCACGAUCCAGGCUUUUGGCGCAGCGACAGAGUCGUCGCCGGCAUCGAUAUUACUGGACGCAGUUGGCCAGCUAGAGAUGGAGUCACCAAAGGCAGACGACUAUAUCCAGCUCAUCAGACCAAACUUGACAGAGGCAGUCGAUACCUGCGUCAAUGCCGCUGGGCGUGAGCUUGAUACCAACUGGCAGAAACGUCUCCUCAAAGCAGCGUCGUUUGGCAAGUCGGUCCUCGAUAUAUACAACAGCGAUGACUUUGUGGACAUGUGUACAACGUUGCGAGUGCUAAACGCAGUCCGCUUCUAUACAAUCGGCCUCCCCAUUUCAUUUGAACAGUACCAGCAUCUCACGCCGGAGCGUCUCAUCAACCGGCUUUUGACGCGACACGAGUACCAGCUCGCGCUAAAGAUUGCGUCCUACUUAAAGCUGUCUUCAGAUAGGAUCUAUACUCACUGGGCAUCCUCCAAGGUCCGCAUUGGCACUGAAGACGAUGAUAGUGUGUGCAGGCUCGUGGUGGAGCGACUCUCAGGCAAACCUGGCAUCUCCUUUGAGGAGAUUGCUCGUGCCGCACAUCACGAAGGGCGUAGCAGACUGGCGACGGAACUGCUGAACCACGAACCCCGCGGUGGCAAGCAGGUGCCCCUUCUGCUCGACAUGGAGGAGGAUGAACUGGCGCUGGACAAGGCCGUGGACAGUGGAGACACAGACCUGAUUCUAUUUGUCUUGCAACACUUGAAAAAGAAAACGGCACCCUCGCAAUUCUUCCGCAUCAUCAACUCACGGCCUGUGGCGACGGCGCUCGUCGAGUCAUGGGCGCUGCAAAAGCGCGACAACGCUAUGCUGAAAGACUUGUACUAUCAGGAUGACCGUCGCGUCGAUGGCGCCAACGUGUUUAUCCAAGAGUCACUUCACCAGUCCGAUGUACGAACGACGGUAGACAAGCUCUCUCUUGCGGGGAAACUACUGUCUGACGCCAAGGAGGCUGCUGUGGAGGCGCAUGCCAUUAAAGAAGCGUCGGCGCUGUUGCGGAUGCAGGAAGCCCUAGAUCGUGAUUUAACAGAAAAGUUUUACGGCUUGAGCGUCAAUGAGACCAUGGCCAAGCUCAUCCAACUGGGCUACAACGGGCGAGCUAAGAAGAUACAGAGCGAGUUCCGCGUCCCCGACAAGGUGGCGUGGUGGAUCCGGUUGAAGGCGCUCAUUGCGAAGCGCGAGUGGAACGAGAUUGAGGAUAUCGCCAAGGCCAAGAAGAGCCCCAUCGGAUGGAAGCCCUUUUACAAGCUCACGCUCCAGGCGGGCAACCCGCGACUGGCGUCGCAGUUUGUGUCCAAGUGCACGGGCCUGGAAACGGGCGAGACGAUUGAAAUGUACGAGGCGUGCGGCAUGCGCGUCAAGGCGGCCGAGGAGGCGGUGCGGCUCAAGGACGCGGCAUCGUGGCAGCGACUGCUGGAGCUGGCGGGCCGGGGCACGCAAGAGGGGCGCGAGAUUGAGCGCCUGGGAAGCACAGUGUUUAAGUAG